AGCUACCGUUCAAACAGGAAGAAGUCAAUCUUGUUACAACUUGUCUUAUGUUAGGCUAUCAGGCAAUACAACAGUAGUCACAGUAGUUACAGUAGUCGAAAAAGUCAUCUCUACAACGGCAAAAUAACACGCAGGCGCAAACUAUCAAAAUUCAACGAAUCAUCGCCAACGAGCAGAACAAAAACUGAAGUCUGUACAGCAUUCGGUACAGCGUGCUUGACGGUGCAAGACUGCUGUCUCUAUCCAAACAGCAAAUGAUACGGGGAGCCACACAAAAGUCCAUUUAAAAUGGCAACAGAAAGCCAUUGCAGAUCAACCAUUUCGAUAGCAACGAGUAAACCCGAUACUAACAGGAACCACGCAGGACCCGAAUGUUCUGGCUGUCAGAAACCAAUACGUGAAAGGUAUCUAUUGAAAGCAUUAGACCAAUUAUGGCACGAAGAUUGCCUCAAGUGUGCCUGCUGCGACUGUAGACUGGGAGAAGUGGGUUCCACUCUAUUCACUAAGGCUAAUCUCAUUCUUUGCAAGAGAGAUUACCUCAGAUUAUUUGGCACAACAGGUUUAUGUUCGGCCUGUAACAAAACAAUUCCAGCCUUCGAAAUGGUUAUGAGGGCUCGAGGUAACGUCUAUCACCUGGAAUGUUUCGCUUGUCAGCAGUGCAAUCACAGGUUUUGCGUGGGGGAUCGUUUUUAUCUUCACGACAACAAAAUACUCUGCCAGUACGAUUACGACGAAAGAGUGCUUUUUGCCACCAUGCCAUAUACAUACAACAUCCGAAGACAUCCCGAGAGACAGGAGGACGCAUCGAGCGGUUACGGAAGCGGCGAUUCCGUCAUAGAAGGCAAAUGACGUCAACAGAGACGUCGCCCUUAGACAGUGACGUCGUCAAAAUUCAAAAAAUACAAAAAAAACAAACAAUCCAAUUUUUGCCAACAAUUUUUACGGACCACUAAAAACGUUUGUUAGGAGGUUCGAAAACAAGAAAAAAGUAUCCAAUUUUACGUUUUUAUUUUAUAAUUAUUAGAAAUUUAGUGGGAAGAAUUAAUUUCCUUAUUUUUAAAUUUAUAUACGGUACCCCUUUUUCUAGUCACGUGUUUCAAGGCUGUGCCUUGUACGUAACACAAUAUACUGUAAAUAAUAUAUAUAUAUACAGUAUAUUUUAUGUUAGAUUAUUAAAUUAGUCAUUAUUAUUAUUAUAUUAUUAU